AGCGACUCCAUCCGCUCCUGCCGCCUCAUCCCCCACACAGGCUCCCACAGGAUGCGGCUGUAUGAGAAAGAAGACCACAAAGGCCUCAUGAUGGAGCUGAACGAGGAUUGCUCCUCUAUCCAGGACCGCUUCCAUCUCAGUGAGGUGCGCUCGCUGCACGUGCUGGAGGGCUGCUGGGUCCUCUACGAGAUGCCCAACUACCGAGGCCGGCAGUACCUGCUGAGGCCUCAGGAGUACCGGCGCUACCACGACUGGGGCGCUGUAGACGCUAAGGCGGGCUCUUUGCGGAGAGUGGUCGAUUUAUACUAA